AUGACGAUGAAAUUCCCGACCUUGCUGCCUGGUGCAGUCGAUCCAUUGUGGUUUACAGUUGAUAGACCAUGUGACGAUGAAAAUGAAUUGUCUGAACUAGAAGAGGAACACAAUCUAUGGCUGGAGAGCAUAGCAAAGAAAGACAGUAACAUCAUACCAAUUGGGAAAACUGCUGUUGAGAAUCUUGAGGAUGAAGAAGAGGAUGAAGAAGAUGAUGAAGGUGAUGAUGAUGAUGAAAGUGACACAAAUGAUGAUGAUCUUGACAUAGAUAUGCUUGAUGAAAGGGAUUCAGGAGAUGACGCAGGAUGAUCUGUGCUAUAAUUGUUACCAUGGAGAGGAAAAGUCAGACUAUUUCUAGGAUAAAGAUACCAGUGGAUAGAAAUGUCAAGACAAGGGCAGACAAAAUGUCCAGACAAGGACAGACAAAGACUUGUGAUACACUUGAGUUAUCACAUGAUUAGUUAAGCUGUACAUCAUGGACUAACUGUUACCUCAUUUGAACAUGUCAACAGGGUACUAUAUCUUCCAUUAGUAGAUGUUUAGAAUUUUCUACUUGAACAUUUGGUUGCAGCAGUUAUGAAGUACAAACUGUCUUUUUACUAACUGCUUAUAUAUUGUACGUAACAUAGCUUUGAAAAUAUUUUGUAAAAUUGUGGAUGACGUACAACAUGUGUGCUGUAUAUUCUUCAUAAAUAAAACAUGCUUAUAUAUAUAUAUAUAUCUAUAUAUUUUUUUUGUUCACUCGUGAUAAAUAUCAGGAUGUUCCCAUACAUAAUGUAUGUACAUGUAAACUGGUCCUUGUCACCACUCGCAGCGGCUGCAUUCAUUUCACAUCUAUAAAGCAACAUUAUGUCUCAGACAAGAUAAGAGUUUCAGGAUUGUCAGGUCUAUUGAGCUCAUUCCUGGAGGGUUUUGAUCAAACAUCAGACAAUCGGCAAUAAGUAUAAGUUGACAAGUAACCUCAGUGUGUCCUCUGCUUGCCCUGAAUUAACUGACAAUAUGAAUGACUAGUUAUCCCUUCAUCAGCUGACACAUUCCAGCACAGCCUAAAUGUAAUGGGCAACAUCUUGCCUGUUACAGGUCACUCAAGUAGGUUUUCAAUAAACUGCAAAUCUGUGGUAAUGUUUUCACUCUUUAGUAAAAUAUAGAAAGAAUGGCGAUCUUGGAUUCACUGGUGACUGGUGAGAAUUUAUAAUGGUUACUUGAUCCAGAUACAACAUAUUUUGUCAAGAAACAUAUCAUUACAUUAUCUUCUGACAGCUAUUAAUGAUGUGGAUGUCGAUGAAGAGCCAAAAUCAGAACCAAUUCCAAGUCUGGAACUCCUAAAUUUAUUCAAAAUAUUCUAUAUCAUACUUUAAGAUACAGAGGUCUUUCCCUCCUUUCAUUGUGUGAAUGUUGAGUGUAUCUGGUAAGUUUAAUGAUGAAUCUGUCUAUGUAAGGUUUUGCUUGAUUGAAAUUAAAUAUUGAAAUCUAAA